GGCAAAGUUAGGCGUGUCUUGAUGACGUAUCUAGGCCUAAACAAUUCACAGAAAAGGGAGGGACUAAAAGCAGGGAAGUCUUCAAAUAGGUCCUCUUUACCCGGAUAAGUUCAGAUGUCAGGCUGCAUAUUGUCACUCUGAUUUGGCAGACUGUUGAAUUGUGAAAAUGAGCGGUAGAGGCAAAGGCGGCAAAGGACUGGGUAAGGGAGGCGCUAAGCGCCAUCGCAAGGUUCUCCGUGAUAACAUCCAGGGCAUCACCAAGCCCGCUAUCAGGCGUCUUGCUCGCCGUGGUGGUGUGAAGCGUAUCUCUGGCCUCAUCUACGAGGAGACCCGUGGCGUGUUGAAGGUGUUCCUGGAGAACGUUAUCCGUGAUGCCGUCACCUACACCGAGCACGCUAAGAGAAAAACCGUCACUGCCAUGGACGUCGUUUAUGCUCUGAAACGCCAAGGUCGUACUCUGUAUGGCUUUGGUGGUUAAGAAGUUAUCCCGCUCAAACUGGAAUCAAAGGCUCUUUUAAGAGCCAC